UCACAGGGGCAGAGCCAGUGGGAGGGGCUACAGGAAACAGUCACAGGGGCAGAGCCACUUCUAUAAGGAAAUGAAAAAGUAAACAAGUUGGAGCAGCAGAAGAAGAGCAGCAGCAUGGCCUCUUCCUCCUCCUCCUGCUCCUCCUAUUGCUCCUCCUCCCUCCUCCUGCUCCUGGGGGUGGUGUGUGGCUGUGCAGGUGUCCGGAUCUGUGCCUUCAACAUCCAGGGCUUUGGCGAGUCAAAGGCUCAGAACCCCAAAGUCAUGCACACCCUCGUCAGGAUCAUCGCUCGCUGCGACGUGUGUCUGCUGCAGGAGGUCAGAGACCAGAAGAAGAGAGCACUUCCUGCUCUGCUGGAAUCCCUCAACAGGUACGACCCUGAUCAUGAUUACCAGUAUGUAGCCAGUGAGCCACUUGGAAGGAAGUCUUACAAGGAGCAGUAUGUGUUUGUGUACAGGACAGGCUCUGUGGAGGUGACAGGGCAGUACCAGUACCCAGACUCUCUGCCAGGAGAUGAGGAUGCCUUCUCCAGGGAACCCUUCGUGGUUCGCUUCAAAGCCCCUUCCACAGAGCUGGGUGAGUUUGUCCUGAUCCCUCAGCACACCUCUCCCUCCAACGCCACCAAGGAAAUAGACGCCCUGUACGACGUCUUCCAGGCUGUGAAGAAGAGGUGGAACACAGAGAUGGUGAUGUUACUAGGAGACUUUAACGCUGACUGUGGCUACGUAGCUAAGAAGAACCGAAUGAAGGUACGUCUGUAUUCUGACCCCUCCUUCCUUUGGAUGAUCGGAGACAAGGAAGACACCACUGUCCGCAUCUCCACCUCCUGCACCUAUGACAGGAUCGUCGUCCAUGGUUCAGAGUUCUCCAGAGGGAUUGUGCCUUACUCUGCCAAACCCUUCAAGUUUGACAAAGAAUACCAGCUAUCAGAGGAACAGGCCCUGGAGGUGAGUGACCACUACCCGGUGGAGGUGGUGUUGAAGUCGGGCUCCUCGCUCCGCAGGGGGUCCAGGCUGUUGGGUGUAUCCUCCACCCUGCAGGGGUUCUCCACCCUGCUGCUCCUCUUCCUCACAGCCCUCCUCUGCCUCUGACCACCACACUGAGACGCUGUCUGUCUGCACCGCCUCCUUACAACUGGGUUCAUGUGUGUAUGAGAGAUCUGUGAGUGCGUGUGGGAGGGGGUAAGGUGUGUGUUAGUAUAGAGGGGGGGGGGGGUCUAUAUGU